AUGGUUGUCGUGCCCAGCACGCCCAUCAUCCCCGCCUCUUUCAAUACUCUUCUCUCUGCCUACACCGGCCCGGUCAUCUUUGGUCCGCGCUCGGCCGCGCUCACCGCCAAUUUCUCCUACGCCCCGGGAAUCCAGCCGUCACUUCGACAUCGCAGCAUCGUGCAGGCAAGCCGAUGGCCUGUGUAUCCGAAGACUCCUGCAAAUGCUAGUAUAAGUGACCUCACCGGGAAGGCGGCGAGCAAGGCUAAUGACCUCGGUCGCUCGCUGAGGUUACUGCGACGAGGGAACCUGCUCUGGGCUUUCAACUACGGCACCGACAGCGUGGCAGCCCCGGAUGUGGGGGUUGAUGCUGAAUUGAUCAUGGGAGAGGCAGAGAAUAUACCGGCCGCCGGUGUGUCGGUCUGGGAAGUCGGUGCUUAG